UUCAGUGCUCCUAAAAUCGGCCCUCUGUUCUUUCCCCAACCGCGCAAUCUCCACUAGUCUCGGAAUGUACCCUGGCAAAGUCGCCUCUUCUCACGUCAAUGCAUCUCACGAGCCUCGAUCUUUGUCCGUUUGUUCUCUACACGCCUAAUGCGCUCCUAGUCUUGCUGGUAUUGCGGAGUGCAUGCGAAGGAUGCGGGGGAUGGACCCGAUAUGGCUAUCCUCGGUUCUCCAAGGUGAAGACAACGACACGCCAGAGCUUGUUGUCCCCGGGACGCUGGUUGUUUGAUGAAGAGAGUGGGUCGACAUUGCUAAUCGUUGGCCGAUGCGAGGUAACUGUAACUUUGGGAGAUCCACAUAAUCACGUAAAAACUUCGAGAAAACUUCUUGGACCGGGAUUCAUCCGCUUGGCAAUGCGCUUGAGCUGCUCGGAUCAGCCGUAAAUCGGCUUACAGGCUUUUCUAUGGGCGGAGUCACCCUCUCCGUGGCGAGUGUCAUGUUCAGGGUCGAAAGAUGGGGU